GCAGACCUGUAAUGGGGGGGAGGUGUAAAAAGAAAGGGAGAGCAGUGCUGAAGGCUGACAGAGUCACCCCAAUAGGACUUCCGUCCAUCAACAUCCACUUCCCUAGGACCCUCAAACUGAGAAAAGGCUCAGGUGUCCAAGCCUACAACCACCACUACUGCCUCCAACCCUCUUCCCACCUCCCCUAUUAAAGGAGAUGGAGACAGAGAGACUCCAGGAAGAAGAGGAAGAUGAGAUCGAGCAGAGCCUUCCCCCGGAUGAUCAAGGCUGGCCCCCUCUGAAUACUAUCAGACCUUGGAGAUCUGCACCCCCAACCCCUCCCCAUUCCAGCGAACAAAACACAGCCCUGGGACCCCGCUCGGCCUCCAUGCUCUCCCUGCAGACAGAACUCUUCCUGGACUUAGUAGCAGAAGCUCAGUCCAAAAGGCUGGAAGGACAGAGAGCCACCUUCCACACUCCCCCCGGCUCCCUAGCUGCACCUUCUGCCCAAAUCCGGGUUACAGAGGACAGAGACCAGCUCUACAGCACGAUUCUCAGUCACCAGUGCCAGCGGAUUGAAGCUCAGCGCUCAGACCCACCCCUUCCACCAGGAGGGCAAGAGCUCCUGGAGCUGCUGUUGAGGGUGCAGGGAGGCGGCCGAAUGGAGGAGCAAAGGUCCAGACCUCCUACACAUACCUGCUGAGCUCUCCCCUCUCCUCCUGAAGUUGGGGGUGAUGGAGUAAGGGACUGAGAACACUGCCUAAGAAUUGUCUCAGCGCAGACCUGUCUCCAGGGGACAUUAGGGACUGCAGAAGGCAAUGAACACCUCAGAAUUAACUCCCCACCUCCAUUCUUCUCUGGAUGUGCUGAUGCUGAGACCCCUAAACUUUCCCCACUGAGGCCAGGACACCUGGAAUUCCUCUAGGAGAAUCGAGAUUGGGGAUAGGAAGGACAGAGGAUAAGAGCAUUGUGGGGGAGGGGGUGAAAAGGGGAAAUCCUGGUAACUUAAACCCUCCCUGGGGGACACCUACCCCCUUUGUCCCACUUGGAUCUGAAGUGCUUCGGUCAGAACAGAAUUUAAUCUUAAGGAAUGACUGAGAGACUAUCCAGAUCUGACUCGACAUGUACUGCCAGAAAAUAUCAGUAUCCCAAAGGUUUCUCUGCCCUCUUAAGAAACUCCCAGGGCAAGUGCAAAUGGGACAGCACCUCUACACCAUACCCCAGGUUACUCCCAAGGUACAGACAUCACUGCCCCCUGAGGGGGACCAAUUUCCAUCUGCACUCCCUCCCUGCCUACAAAGAGGCCAAGACCUUAUAGAGUGCUACCAAGGAUAAACAACAGUGGCCUCUUUCCCCCCUUCCCAACACCCACCUUUCCCUUCAGUGAGGGGAGAGGCUUGGGAACUCUGAAGGAAGAGAUCAGAACCCUCCAGCCCCUCCCCCCUACCACCCAUCUCAACCUUUGAGAGAACUGGAUGAAGGGGAGAGACCCCAAGACCCAGUGACCAGAGAUAUCACAUCCCUUCUACUAUACCCCGUCUUCCCAGAUUUUUGAUGUUUCAAUUUUGUGAAUAAAUUUAAUUUCUUUCUCA